GGUCCGUGGUUUAAAAAAAAUAGUAGGACAGAGAGAAAAGGAAACAACGAGAAGAAUCCAAUGGCGGACAUAAGGAAGAAGCUCGUGGUGGUAGGAGACGGCGCGUGCGGGAAAACGUGUCUCCUGUUUGUCUUCAGCAGGGACGAGUUUCCCCACGUGUACGUCCCCACGGUGUUCGAGACGUACGUGGCGGACAUAGAGGUGGACGACAAGCAGGUUCAGCUAGCUCUGUGGGACACGGCGGGACAGGAGGACUUUGACCGCCUGCGCCCGCUCUCCUACCCGGACACGGACGUCGUCCUCAUGUGCUUCUCCGUGGACAGCCCGGACUCGCUGGCGAACAUCACGGAGAAGUGGCUCCCGGAGGUCCAGCAUUUCUGCCCGAACGUGCCCAUCGUCCUGGUGGCCAACAAGAAGGACCUGCGCGGCGACGAGGAGACCAGGGCCAAACUGGCCCGCGUGAAGCUGGAGCCGGUGAGGGCGGAGGAGGGCCGCGCCGUGGCCGCGCGCAUCAACGCCCACAACUACGUGGAGUGCUCGGCCAAAACCAAGGAGGGGAUCUGGGAGGUGUUCGAGGCCGCGACGCGCGCGGCCCUGCAGGCGCCGAGCCGGGGUGGGUGCCCCAACUGCUGCGCCCUGAUGUGAGGAGUCCGUCUGGACAUGUUUGAGGGACAUGAUGAUGGCUGCACCCGGGACACCCCCUGCAGCCCUGGGUUGAACCAAACCCAUUAACCGCAGACUGAAUGUUCUGAGCACACCCUGUCAUGGAUUGUCGGUCACGUGAUCCCAAACUGACUGCAAGGGAAAAACACUGCAAAGACUUUUAUCUUCUUUUUUAGGAGGACCUGAUUGUAUUAAAGCCCGAGAUUUAUAUUUUAUAAUUAGAAGCACAUUUGCACUGUAAUUUAUGUUCAAAUUGUAAUAACACUAUUGUAUUAACUUGCACAUGGUUACUACAACAGGGUGUUCUGUUUAUCGGCUGCCACUAAAAUUAAAGCUCGAAUACUGGAAGCCAAGAGCUCAGGGGCCGAACGUCCAGCAGUUAUUGU